CGAGUGGAUAGCAGAGAACCACAGCCCAAAAAUAAAUAAAAAUAAAAACAAAACGAGUGCAGUCAAAACCCUAGAAAACCGAUUUUCCCCCAAAUCUCACCCCCUGUGGUUCCAUCUCCAUCCCCAACCUCAAGAUAGCAAGUCAUUUUUUUCACGAUGGCUGGUCAGAGGAAUAGUUAUGGAAAGCGAGCCCAUUCCCAAUCUGAUUAUGGUGAUAAUGGAGGAAACAAGAGGAGAAAUCCUGGUGAUGAUAGGGACCCAUUUACCAUUGAACCAGAGGAUACUGUAUAUCGGUAUUUAUGCCCUGGAAGAAAGAUUGGAAGUAUAAUUGGGCGGGGAGGGGAGAUUGUCAAGCAACUGAGGGUAGAUACUAAAUCUAAGAUUAGGAUUGGUGAGACAGUGCCAGGAUGUGAGGAGCGUGUGGUCACUAUCUACAGCUCCAGUGACGAGACCAAUGCCUUUGAUGAUUCAGAUACUUUUGUUUCUCCAGCUCAGGAUGCUCUCUUUAGGGUGCAUGACAGAGUUGUUUCAGAGGAGGUGCAUGGCGAGGAUUCUGAAGAAGCAAGCCAAGUUACUGUUCGGCUUCUUGUGCCAUCUGAUCAGAUAGGAUGUGUUAUUGGGAAAGGUGGACAGAUAAUUCAGAGUAUACGCAGUGAAAGUGGUGCACAAGUUCGCAUUCUAAAGGAUGAUCACUUACCUUCUUGUGCAUUGAGUUCCGAUGAGCUUGUUCAGAUUUCCGGAGAACCCUCCCUUGUUAGGAAGGCUCUUUAUCAAAUUGCAUCUCGUCUUCAUGACAAUCCAUCCCGGUCCCAACACUUGCUUGCUUCUGCUGUGCCCACUGGAUACUCAUCUGGUGGUUCACUCAUGGGUCCAACUUCUGGUGCUCCAAUCAUGGGUCUAGCUCCAUUGGUUGGUACUUAUGGAGGGUACAGAGGUGACAGUGGAGACUGGUCACGCUCCCUUUACUCAGCCCCACGAGAUGAGGCAUCUUCAAAGGAAUUUUCUCUUCGUUUGGUUUGUCCUAUUGGAAACAUUGGUGGUGUGAUUGGGAAGGGCGGUGUCAUCAUAAAUCAGAUCAGGCAGGAGUCUGGGGCAGCUAUAAAAGUCGAUAGUACUUCAGCUGCUGAAGCAGAUGAUUGCUUAAUAGCUAUUUCAGCAAAAGAGUUCUUUGAAGACACAUUCUCCCCAACUAUUGAAGCAGCAGUGCGCCUGCAACCCCGAUGCAGUGAGAAAGUUGAAAGAGAUUCAGGCAUUGUUUCAUUCACUACCCGCCUACUUGUGCCAACCUCACGGAUUGGCUGCCUUAUUGGUAAAGGAGGAGCUAUCAUUACUGAGAUGAGGAAACUCACAAAAGCUAACAUUCGCAUACUCUCUAAAGAAAAUCUUCCUAAAGUUGCAUCUGAAGAUGAUGAAAUGGUUCAGAUUGCUGGAGACCUUGAUGUUGCUAAGGAUGCUCUUAUACAAGUAACAACACGAUUGAGAGCAAACCUGUUUGAUAGGGAGGGUGCAGUGUCUGCAUUUGUGCCAGUUCUUCCAUACCUCCCCAUGGCAGCAGAUGGUUCAGAUGGUUUAAAAUAUGAUGGCAGAGAUAAUAAAAGACAUGGACGUGGACCUUCUUAUUCUGGUGGAUAUGGUGGCUCAAGUGAUUUGGCUGCAGCUGAUGCCUAUGGAGGUUAUGGCUCACAGAUUGGUGGUAGUGGUAGUGGUUAUGGAGCUUAUGGUGGCUACUCUUCAGGACGCGGUGGUGGUUCUGGGGUAUCUGGUCAGAACCCUGCUUCUCGGCGGAAAAGCUAUGGAUACUAGAGUUUGACAUGGGAACUGCAGGUAAACUGUUGUUUUUCUCAAUCUUUUUUCUCAUCAACUAAAUUAACUGGAAAUUCCUUGAAACGUGGUAGACACAUUUUAGCAUAUGAAAGUUUGCUAACAUAGCCUAUCCAAUCUCCCUGUAUAUAGAAUUCUGAUGUUCUUGUUUUCCCUUUUGUUGCCUUUCCCUUCCCAUUAAAACAGCUGAGAUCUAUGAAGCCUGAAGCCAGCCUACUGCCUCUUUUGAUGAAGCCUACUGCCUAAACCGGAAGACCAGAUGAACCAGAGUCUGACAAACUCCUGGCCCACCUUGAUGCUUUUGUUUAGGAGGACCAACUUUAUCUGAAGAACUUAUUUACUACUGAGAUUUUCCAUGUCCAUGAAACCAAAUUUGCCAAGCUUUAUAGCUUGUGCUCCCAUGAACCUAUAUAGACACCUUGAUGCUUUUAUGGAGCUUAUCUUUUAUUUUUGGCUCAAACUUCCAUGUGACUACAAUACCAUGUUAGUUCCUUCUCUUGCAAGUUGUAUCAGCAUUGGUUUACUCUUAAGUCUAGACUGUUCCCAGCUUGUCAUUUUAAGUUGUAUGUUUGCCUUAUUUUGGAAUAUUUAAUGGCUUAGGCUGAAAUAUAGCAACAGUUUCAUAUUGCAGAUAGGGAUAUUAUUAUUAUUAAGCCUGUCUAUGUGGUGUGGCUUAUUUCCGGGUAUGAUUUGCCUGUUUGGCUUCUUUUUCCUGAAAUCUUAAUCUGCCUGUGGAUGGUGCUAUAUCUUUGAACUUCAGUUAUGCAUUAUGAGUAGACGUAUUCCAUGCUUCCAAGAGAUACUGCUGUUGGCAGUUUUAAUGACUUGCAAAUGCUAUCAGAUAAAAUUGGAUACUGUUAGUGUUUCUCUUUUCAAUUAAAAUCACUUCAGAAAUGUUAUUUGUUGAAAGUUAGAUACUUAUGGGAUGGAACUAAAGGAGGGUUAUAAAGACAAAUUUCUCAAAACAGCAUGGUGCCGGCAGUUUUCUGCUUGUUCAGGUUAGUUUUUGAGGCCGUCAUCUGAGUGAAAUACUUGUAAUUAUAAAGCAAAAUUUCCUUUGAAGGAUUCAAUUGAAAGGUAUGUUGUGGACCAUUCUGAUGCAUGCUUGAAGCUUUAUCAGUGUUGGAGGCUGAUCUGGAUUGGGAUAGCUAUAUCUUGGGACUCCAUCAGUAAGUAAUAGGUUUUUCUGUAUAUUUAUGAUCUGCUUAAAUUGUCAUUACAGUAUGUGUCUUUUGAUUAUAUUGUGCAAUUAAUUUGGCAGGUCCAAUGAAUAAUGUUCUGCUUGGCAUAUAGAGCAGGUAACACUUCGUUAAGCACAUCAUGACCAGGCCAGUCAUUUUUGAGGCUACAAAUGAAUGCAUUGACCAAUUGGUCUCCUGUACUCGCUUUCUCUUCCUCUAUCUGGUGACUGUGAAUGAAUGUCAUUGUUACUGAUUUGCCUCCACACCCUUCGGUCUUUUUGUUAGUGUUGAUGCCGCCUUUUCUUUCUUUGGCUUGUUACCCUUCCCCUCCCUCCCUCCCUCCCUCCCUCCCUCUCUCUCUCUUGCUGUAUGUGUUUCUUUGUUAGUGUCAGUGCCUUGUUUUCAGUUUUCCUAUUCUUUGGCUCUCUCUCUCCCUCUCUCCCCCUUACCCGCUCUUUUUCCUGGUCUUUUGUUUGUGUGAAUGCCUUGUUUUCCUUUCUUGGUUUGCUCUUCCUUCUUUUCCUUUUUUGUUUGUCAGUGCCUUCUCUCUCCCUUAUCUCCCCACCCCUUCUCCCCAACUUCCUCCCCCUCGCUUUGUUUCUGAUUGUGUUCCUUGCUGAACUGUGAGUUAUUCCUUCUAGUGGCUUGUUUGGGCUGCUUGAUUGUAUAAGCAGAUGCCUCUCACCAAAUUGUAAAAUUUCCAAAGAUCGGGCCCUCUGGUGGUAGCAUGUGGAUUCGCCUCUUUCUAUUUGUUUGCUUUUGUUACCCUUUUUGUUUGUUUCUCUUGUGCAAAGUCACCAGGCUGCUGAUACAUCGAACUGGACGCGGACUCUGAUUAACUGAAGAUCGACUCAAGAAACAGUUAAAUGAUCUAUACUAACUGGAUGGUGAUCGAUCUGAAUCACCAUGAUAACAAUUUUUUGCUCUCAGAUGCAGCACAUUAUAGACGAUGGGUAGUUGAUGGGUCUGUCCUGGAUGUGGAUUCUAUACUCUACCCCUGUUUUCUUGGUUAAUCAUGGUUGCUGCAGAUAUCAUAUCACAAUCUAAACUGCAGUAUUUGACCUGAUUCUGGGUUCAUUUUGAAGUUCUCUCCAUCCCUGCUUAAGGAGAGGGGGGAGAUGAUCAUAAAAAUAUUAGUUUUUGUUCGAAGUGGAUUAUGAAACUGGUAAACUUUGAAUUUGUAUUGAAUGAAUGUAUGGAGAUUGGAGCUUCCAAUCUUUAGAAGUGGUUCUA